CGUAAACUCGCAUAAAUGAACAGUAGUGUUAUAAAUAACCAAAGAACAAGCAUGAAUGUUUCACAUGAAGUGGAGUUAUUGAUUACAGAGAUCAAAAGACUGGGCAAGCAAGAUGACACGGGAUCUUACAGUGUCACAUUUGGAGAAUUAUUUCAUGAUGAACAGUGUGCAAACAUUUUCGAAGCUCUCGUUGGGACGCUAAGGGCAGCAAAGAAGAAGAAGGUGGUCAGCUAUGAUGGGGAACUUCUACUGCAAGGCGUCCAUGAUAACGUUGCUGUCAAACUACUGAAAGAAAGUUUAUGACACCUUUACUCUAGUCUUAGAAUUUAAUUUUCUUUGUAGACAGUAUACUCAAUUUUGCAAUGUAGCUUACAGUAUAUAUUAUGCAAUAAUGUAAUUUUUUUAACAUGACUCAUCUGCUGUAUGUCACUUAUAGUGUUCAAGUUUAUACAUGAGCUCAGUGCCGAGUGUUUAAGCAAUAUUCAUGUUCACUUUUUAAACACUGCUGUGACUGAAUGUUAGUAUUUUGAAGAUCAAUUUACACAUGUAAUUGUAAUUUAAGUAAUCAACUGCUUUCAGAAAUAUUACUGUAAAUUCUAACACAAUAACCUACAUACAUGUAGAGCAAAAUCUAUCUCAGGUUAUUCUGCAAUAAACCACCCGCGUGCAAUGACGUCAUCUGAUCCAGGUGCGUAGCACGGUCGUAAAAAGUAGUUACUAUUUUUUCUGACACUGUUGAUACUAGUAUGUCGUGUUAGAAUCGAAAUAAUAAGUUCCCAAGUGUGAUUUAUUGUAGAAUAACCAGAGUUUUCCAUUCUUAUGCGAAACAAUAUAUCACUUAGGCCUUAAAGGCCUUCGUGAUAAUAUAUUCUUACGCAUAAGAACUCAAAGCACGGGUUAUUCUACGAUAAACCACGAUUGGGAACUUAUUAUUUCUUAAAUCAAGUUUUUGAAAUGAGUUCAUUAAAGCUUUAUUCAUCAAAUGUCAUCACAAACACAAUAUUUAUGAAAGUGCUGUUAGAGUUAUAAAUUGCUCAUUUAGCUUGUUUACAUCAUUAGAAUGUCUUUUUCUUUUGAAGACUAGGGUCUGUAUUCACCAACGUUACAAGUUCAAAAUUUAGUCUUUAAGCAUAAAAUUUCAAAUUGCCACAACUUCCUUUGUAAUCAAUCUGUGUUGCUGAAACUUUGCUUGACUUUUUGUUGUGGUAUAUUCCAUAUCCGUGCAAAUUUGGGUUAAAAUCCGUACAAGAUUUACAGAUAUAGGGCAAAACUUAAUUUUAACAUUUCAAAGUCUAAGGUUCAGACUUAAAAGUUUGAUGAAUACAGGCCUAGUAUCUUUAGCGAAAAUGUGCUAUUAAUAUUUAUGAUUUUAAGUUAAUAUUUGGAUGGUUAACUUCCAAGUGUGUAAAAGCUGGUGGUUGAUAGAAAGGCUUGUGUUUUGUAGUAAAUGUCUAUCUGUUCUAACAUUUUUGUCUUUUUCUUUGCAAAAAUAUUGGCUUAGAAGUAAUAUUCCGAGUGAUCAGUAGAUGUUUUUGAUCUGGAAGCUACCUAAACUUACAAAAUUCAACACAGGGAGAUAAAAUACCAGUUAGUGCCUGGAAUAUUUAUAUCAGACUCAUCAUUUAUGUACAUAAUUGAGUCAUUACAAAAGGCAGUCAAUAUAUCAUUUAGUACAUGAUUUUCCAUGAUAUAAUUUUGUACAAUCAAGACAUCAUGUACAUGAUUCUCAGUGAUUUAUGUGCAACCAAUACUUGUACACAAUUGCCUGUGAUAUAUGUGCAGCCAAGACAUCAUGUACACAAUUGCCUGUGACUUAUGUGCAGCCAAGACAUGUACAUGAUUGUGAUAUAUGUGCAGCCAAGACAUGUACAUGAUUUUGAUAUAUGUGCAGCCAAGACAUGUACAUGAUUGUGAUAUAUGUGCAGCCAAGACAUGUACAUGAUUGUGAUAUAUGUGCAGCCAAGACAUGUACAUGAUUGUGAUAUAUGUGCAGCCAAGACAUGUACAUGAUUGUGAUAUAUGUGCAACCAAAACAUUAUGUACACAAUUGCUUGUGAUAUAUGUGCAACCAAAACAUCAUGUACACAAUUGCUUGUGAUGUAUGUGCAACCAAAACAUCAUGUACACAAUUGCUUGUGAUAUAUGUGCAACCAAAACAUCAUGUACACAAUUGCUUGUGAUAUAUGUGCAACCAAAACAUCAUGUACACAAUUGCCUAUGGUGUAUUUGCGUACACAAUUGCCUGUGAUGUAUUUGCAACCAAGACAUCAUGUACACAAUUGCCUGUGAUGUAUUUGCGUACACAAUUGCCUUUGAUGUAUUUGCAACCAAGACAUCAUGUACACAAUUGCCUGUGAUGUAUUUGCAACCAAGACAUCAUGUACAUGAUUGUCUGUGAUAUAUAUGCAUCCAUCAUUUCUUUUUUGUUGCUAGAGCUGAGCUCUUUCAUCAUAAAAUUAAAUUUAUUUCUUAGUUUAAUAUUUAUUUUUAGAUAUACACUUUUUUCAUCAUGACUGUCUAGAUUUACAGACAUCCCUUGAAACUUCAUAUUUCGAGUGCCAAUUAUUUAUAUGAACAUUUUUUUUUUGUACCUUUAAGGUGUUGCAUGUUUUGACUGACAUAAUUAUUGUAAUGGUUAAACUAGGAGUAGUUAUUGCAUGCUGUCUGAUAAUAAUAAAUGAUUCUAGAACUGUUUUCAGUUCUGGGAAUUCAACUGGCAGCAAAAGAAAAAAUGUGGCAUGUAAUUGUUUGGUAUUUGAUGGGGAAUGUGCAAGCUCUUGUUGCCUUGUAACAUCAACUUCAGGAGAGAUCCUAGAUGGGCUUAUUAUAAAGGGUGUUAACCCUUAGCCAGC